ACCAGUACUUGAAGAAGCAACAUGAAACUGAUCAUUCUAGCAGCCCUCGUGAGCGUGAGUGCCGCGGCAGUCUUGCCCGGGUACGUACCCCCCGUGGUGACUCCUCAAUACGCCAGGACCUACUACCCGGAGCGGGCUCGCGCGGCCUUGGACAGGAACGCCGCUGUCUUGAGAUCAGUUGCAGAUCAAAAUGAACUGGGAUACCACUGGUCUUAUGAUACUGAAAAUGGAAUCCAAGCCGAAGAAACUGGCCGUGAAGCCAACGGAAUCCAAGCAGCUGGAGGUUACUCCUACACGGGAGACGAUGGCCAGGUCUACAGCGUGAGGUACACAGCCGAUGUCAACGGUUUCCAGGCCCAGGGUGCUCAUCUUCCUACUCCACCUCCAAUUCCCGAGGCCAUUGCUAAGGCUCUGCAAGAGAAUGCACGAGAUGAAGCUGCUGGUAUCUUCGAUGAUGGUAGCUACAACGACGGUAAAUACGACUCCGGAGUAUUCGCCGCCCGUACAUACACUACCCCGUUUUUUCAGAUAACUUCCUUCACCGCCAUCAUAGCCGCAGCGUCAGCCGGCCACAUAUUCAGCCAACCACAGGCCGAGCACUACGCCAAUGCAGCGGACGCCUACCAAUCAGCGGUAGAAUACCAUCAGCCGAAUGCCUACGCUGGCCAAUCACAAGAGAUCUCUGGCCAUGGUGGUGCAGCGUACCAGGAGAGACAUUCCGCUGAAGCGCACGCGCAAAUCCUGGCAUACCAUUCUGAAAGUGAUGGACACAACUAUCAUUAUGGCUAUGAAACUGAAAACGGUAUCAAAGCCCAAGAAGCAGGUACAGUUAACAAAGGCACUCAAGCCGAAGGAGCUUACUCUUACAAGGGUGACGACGGGCACGUCUACACAGUGUCUUACAUCGCUGAUGAGCAUGGCUUCAGAGCGUCCGGUGCCCACUUACCCACACCUCCUCCCAUCCCUGAAGCGAUACUGAAGGCUUUGGAGCAAAAUGCUCAUGACGAGGCUGCUGGGAUCAACGAUGACGGUUCCUACCACGAGCAACACCAGGAAGGUCAGCACUACCAGUCGGAGGGCUAUCAACAAGAAGCCUACCAUGGGGCACCGAUCCAAGUAGCCUCAGGAGAUUCGGGCUACCACCAUUAA